GAAACCGAUCGUCCGCCGUAUUUAUAGUUAACGAUGUCGAGCGAUGGGGACGAGCCUCGGCCGCCGGAGAGCACCUUCCGACGUAUCUCGAUGCGGCCACGAAUAUUCAGCCGCAAGGUGGCUGUUCUCUCCAACUCAAGCCACGACUUCCGUGUCUUGCAGAGUUCGUCACUGUUGACCCUUAUGUCCAAGUAUUCAAACGAAAACCUACUUCGACGACGGCCGCUUUGCGCUACCGACGGAACGAAUACGUGGUUGCUGGCGAAUGGCACAAUAGGAUCUCUGCACGGUGGAGACACUGUGAUUCACAUCAGCGGCCUGGCUCAUCGGCACGCCCAAAUCACGAGCAAACACGAUUCGUACUACAUCCAGUCGAGCCCGAAUUGCAUGACGUAUUUGAAGCUUCCGUUCGGCACUGGGCGACGUGGGUUUCCGAUUUCAGUGGGUGACACGAUUGAGAUGGGCCGUGGAUUUGUCGUCCGAGUUGUGGAGAUGGAAGUGAAAAGAGUCCCAGUCGUGGAAAAGACCGACAAACCGCCGCCGCCACCAAAGGAAACGCAGUUUGGCCAAGCCGUCGACAUCCGCACCCACGUGUGCAUUCGCAAUCUGGCGCAACAAACCAAGCUCACAAAGACUGCAACGAUCCUCGAGCCAUCCAAGCUCGUGCUUCAGCUCCACCACAGAGAGCCCAACGAUGUUGUGCGCGUGGUGACGUCCCCAAAACACACGCUCUGGUUCGGCAGCUUACACUCAUCCGACAUUAUCUGCCCAACCCUCGAACGACUUCAUGCCAAAAUCGAGUUUGAUGGGCAGAGAUACAUCUUGAUGGACUUUAGCAACGAAACGCGUAUCGUCGUGGGCGAGAUACCCGUGCAAAUUGUGGCCGACGACGUGUUAGUAGUCGGCGACAACCAGUUCAAGAUCAUCGAGUUCAAGGACGACGCAUUGUCGACUCCUGUGUUGGACAUCCAAAUCCUUCGAGUGUCCACGCGAAAGCACUCGCACACAAAAAAGUACAUGCCGAUCCGACUCGACUUGCCCCCAAACAAGCUCCUCCACGUUGGUCGAUCCCCUCAAUGCAACAUCACGCUGUCCAACUACACGAUGAAGCUCGUCCAGUUUAGUAUUCUGUACGAGAACGAUCGCGUGUGGGUGAUGCCCCUCAACGGCACGCUAAACCAAGGCCUGUAUCGUCUGUUGUCAAGGAGAGAACGCCAGCACGAAGAGACCGUAAAUGGCACUGUUGUUCCGGUCGUGUCGACUACGAGCCCCGCCGUGCAGCUCCAUAAGGACUCUGUAUUCAAAAUCGGGUGCUCCGAGAUCGAAGUGGUGUACGUAAAGCACCAGCCGAGCUCGGUGUCGCCCGACACGCAAGACCAGAUGAACGACCGAUACAGCAUCCUCCAAAAUCUGCCGUGGUUUCUACUCAGCCAAAACCUACCGGGAUUUUUCGCCGAAACCGGGCACUUGGCCUCGCACUGCAAAGUCCAAACGGUCGCCGCGGGAGAAUACAUUUAUGGCGAGGGCGACGAUGCGACGCGAGCGUUUGUGGUCAUGCGCGGGAGCGUCCUUCUCUUCCGAUCCAAAGACAGCGGGACGGACAAGUGCUACAUUGAGAGCGUCGAGCGGGGUGGGUCCUUUGGCGAGAUCGCUAUUACCAAGCCCCAUGCGAAAUACACAACCAACGCACUUGCACGAUGCAACGUUGUGUGCAUGGUCAUCGUCGCCAGGGACUGGGCCGACUUCUGCGCCCCGUACCGAGACUUGUAUCUCUUACCUCUCCAACACGGCUUGCAUGAGACGACCCUCGUCGAAGCCCUGGCGGCGCUGCCGUACAUGAAUCAGAUGUCUCCCGCCUUGCAGCAACGUGUGGCGCUCAAGAUGACCCGCAAGUCGUUUCCACCACACUCGUCGCUGUACCACGAUCCGUGCCGCAUCUUCUUUGUGUCGCAAGGCACGAUCGAGAUCAAGUUUGACGACGACGUGAUCGAAGUGCACUCGACGACGUUUCUGUUCGAUCGAGCCACACAUACCGUCCCAUCUCUUGUCGAUAUCACAGCCAUCGACGACGUCGAGUGCCUCGUUCUGUCUGCUGAGGAUUAUGCGAACACAAUCGGUCUCACUCUCCAACACCGCCGCGUCGAACACCCCCUCGCCUUCAUCACGGCCUUUGACACCACCCCUCAGCACGACAGCUCGAUGAAAAAGGCAACGAUUCGCACCGAAUCACUGACCAUGGCCAAACCCAAGCGAAAAUCAUCGUUGAUACGAGCCAAGGAGCUAUGGACGGGCGUCGCGACCGAAGACGAGGUCCAGGAAUCUCCCCGACAAGAGCCUCCCAUAUUGGCGCCGCCUACCGACUCAUGGAGGCAGAAGAAGCGCAAUGCUGCGAUGCUCCAGAGCCGGAUAGAGUACCUCAACAUGGAGCCAUCCAUCGAGUCUGCGCUCGUGCUGUACGUCCUUGCUGGUCCGAAUCGCGGGGACGUUCAUAUCGUACGGAAUUCGCUCACGAUCGGCAACGCGCUCGGGCAAAGCACGAUGAAGAUUCGUGAUCAGGCGCUGUGUGGACAGCACGCGCAAAUCUUUCAUCGAGAUGGUACACUUGUACGGCCUCGCACACAUUGCCUCAACGAUGGCACGUAG